CGAGUUGAGACUGCGACUCAUUAAAAAUGACAUUUCGGAAAAACUGCUUAUUUUUCCUCAGGCGUCGGCUAUAUUUGCAUUUCUCAUGAACGUCUUGGGGGCAGUUGUUUUCACUUUUACAUUUUUGAUUGUUCGUUUAUUUUUAAAUGCAGCACUAAGAGAGAUGACUACUGACCUGGGUUGCCAACGUCCAAAAACAUUUAGGUAAAAAAAACGUUUUGGGGAUUAUUUUACUUCAUUCAGACACAACUAUCGUGAACAUUACUGAUGUUGAAAUUUAUAUUUUGGAUUUACCUCGCCGUGGCGGCACAUUCUCGCUCUUUGAAAAAGAGACAAACUACUUGUCCAGAAGUGUGCGAUGUAUCCCGCUGUCUGCCGCAACCAGGGUCAUGCUACUACGGUGCUGUGAAGGACCACUGCGGUUGCUGCACAAUUUGCAGUGCCGGAGAAGGAGCCCUCUGCGGGGACAGAGGCCAUGGUGUUUGCGGCGAUGGAAUGACAUGUGAACACUCACCUGGAAAGCGCAAAUCUCGAGGCUUCUGCGUGUGCAGCAGCACAGACUCAGUGUGCGGGAGCGAUGGGAGAACAUAUCCAAGCCCCUGCAGUUUAAGAGCCGAAAACCGACGAGCUGAACUCAGUGGUACACCUUCAGUGAUUUUGAUUCAGAAGGGCACCUGUGAAACAGGUUCCCAGAACCCAAGCAGCAUGCGCUUCAAGUUCAACUUCAUUGCAGAUGUGGUGGACAAGAUUGCCCCUGCAGUGGUCCAUCUAGAGCUUUUCCGCAGGAUGUCAUACUCCAAUCAAGAGGUGCCUGUGUCGAGUGGCUCUGGGUUCAUUGUUUCCGAAGAUGGUUGGAUAGUCACCAACGCCCACGUGUUAUCAAACAAGCAGCGCAUUAAAGUUGAGCUCCAAAAUGGCAUCCACUAUGAUGCUACGGUAAAGGACGUGGACCCAAAAAUAGACAUCGCUCUUAUUAAAAUAGAGUCUGAGAGCCCUCUGCCUGUGCUUAUGCUGGGCCGCUCGUCUGACCUUCGACCCGGGGAGUUUGUGGUGGCCGUGGGCAGCCCGUUCUCCCUGCAAAACACUGUGACUACAGGGAUCAUCAGCACCACACAGCGUGGCGGACACGAGCUCGGCCUCAAGGACUCAGACAUGGAAUACAUUCAGACCGACGCUAUUAUCAAUUACGGCAACUCUGGAGGACCACUUGUUAACUUGGAUGGUGAUGUCAUCGGCAUAAACACUUUAAAGGUCACUGCCGGAAUUUCAUUUGCAAUCCCCUCCGAUAGAAUACGACAGUUCCUUACGGAGUCUUAUGACAGGCAAAGAAGAGGAAAGACAACGCCAAAGAAGAGAUAUAUGGGGGUACGGAUGCUUCAGUUAUCACCUGCUUUGAUCAUGGAGCUGAAGCAGCGGGAGAAAGACUUCCAAGAUGUGACAUCUGGGGUCUAUGUGUACGAGGUCAUCCCAGGGACAGCUGCCGCCAGUGCCGGCCUCAAGAACCAUGAUGUGAUCACCAGCAUCAACAACCAGCCUGUACAGAGCACAGAUGAUGUGAGUGACGCUGUGCAGUCAGGACAGCCUCUGUCAGUGGUGGUGCGUCGAGAUAACGAAAAUAUUCUCUUGACUGUAGUGCCAGAGGAAGUGGAAUGAAUGGUGCGGCUCCAAUGUAUUAACCCAUAGCAGUUGUUUAGUAUGUAUAAACAAGUAGAUAUGUGUGUAUGUGUGCUGGUGUUGUCGGUCUACGUCGGUGUGUACUUGGACAGUUUUCUUUGUGUGCUGAGUUUUUGUAUUACAUGCUGUAGCAUUGGUUAUGUCACUUAAGAUAUGUCCUUAACAUCAGUGCCCUGAAUUCUUCAUUCCAGAUCUAACUGGCAUACAAUGUGCUUUAAGUGUUUUUGUGGUUGCCUGGACAUUAUGUUACUGAAUGUUCAGGUUAGUUUACAAAGAUACUGUGGUUACGAUGGUGGUGGAUUAAUGUGGUGGUACUGUCUUUUUAAUGGCGAUAUAGGAAUUGUAUGGAACAAGAAAGAAAACAUCCACACAAUGUUGGCCGUUUCUCCUUCAGCAGACACACAGUGGGUACUUGGAUGCUAGAGUGGGGGGAAUUGAUUCAGGCGUGUGCUAUAUUGCCAAGUAUCUUAUCGAAUCAUGUCAAAUUCUAAGACUUUAUUUUUGGAGCCAUUAGUAUUUCAAAUGUCAAUUUAAGAAAUCCACGCACUACUGAGAUAAAAGAAUCACAGUGUCACAGUCUACUGGAUAGUGCAGAGAAUAGCUGUCCAAGCACUCCAUUUUAAUCGGAGUGAUAAGUCUGUGGCAGAUGCAAAGUCUAAGCACAAGGACCAAACGCUGUUUUCAUGACAAAGUCAUAUGCAAAGUCGGGUCAAAAUAUUUGUGCCUUGCUCAAGGCGUUAAACUCCAGGGUGGGUGUGUUCACACUCUGUUUGGGUGUGUUAGAGCAAAGAUGUGGAAGUUCUAUGUAAAUGAGGUAUCAAAAAAAAAAUUGAGGUCAUGCUGCCUACACCUCCCCCUUCUCAGCGCAUCAUGGAGUCGUGUAUGCCAAAAGAAAGGUGUUCCUCUGCUUCUAGAUCUUUCUAUCAACUCCCUUUUCUCCCUCACUGGGGUAUGUUGUGACCUGCCUUUUUCUCAAUUUUUUUUCCUUCACUUCAUCCACAGUAUGUAAUUACAGGUACCGAAGUCCAUAACACCUUAAAGAAUCAAAUCGAAUGUUUCACAAGGUCUAUUGUUAGUGAUGGUCUGCGCAGGCUCGUACAUGUGAUAAAGGCAUUAUAAGAGUCUAAAACCAGUGAGACCAAAAGUCUUGCAAAACACAAACAAUGGCAAUAACAUAAGCUUUCAAGCACCAGUGUCUUUUGGCUAAAUAAUUGGUGAUAUCGUGCUGUGAAAGAUUAUCUUGCAUUUUCACAGGGUAGUCUGACAUGGACCACAAACCUACAGAGUGCAUAGCCUGGGCAGCUAGUAGA